AUGCGAGCCAUUUUAACACAACCUUUUAGGUAUUUGGAGAUCGCGGCGAUCGCGAGACGCCUGCACUAUUUGCAACAAGGUUAUCUCGAUGACGCACCCACUAAUGAUGACGCCCAGCGGGAAACCUCUGUUGAUGGUUCCAAGUAUUCCUUCAACCCUCGUUCGGUCUCCGACUUAAAAACCUUCUCCAUCCUGAGCUGCUUCAUCUUCAGUGUUGUCUGGUUGGCAUCUGCUGCUUGCCAGUUUUAUCCCGAACUCCACUACUUCACCGAGGCCGAGCUGCAGAGCGGCAAGUACAAGGUCUCGAUGUGCGGUCGGGUUCUCCUCUUCUGCGCAAGAUUGGUGCACGUUUCUAUCCGCCUCAUCACCUUCGUCUUCUUUAUCUCCCUCUUCAAAUGGAUCAUAUUUGUCGUCCUGGGUCUCCACUGCACCAUCUACUACAUAUCUCUUCUCAUCUAUCGUUGUACGGGCUCCGUACUGAAAUCUGGUUACCGUCCUGAUCCAAAAUUGCCGACCGUGCUUGACGAGCGCCUCAAGGUUAGCAAUCAAUGA